ACGACGAUGAUGAAGAAAAAACUGAUUUUUUCGGUGACAACAGCCGUUGUUUCUACUUGAAAUGAAAUGAAUGAAAAAAAUUCUUAAAAGUUAAAAAACUCCGUUACGCACAGAAAAACAAAUGGAGAAGGAGAAAGCCAAAAGUAUAAAAUUCUUGGAAUCAACGAUCGUUGGUGGAUUGAAUGAAAUUCGAUCAUCAUCAACUAUAUUAUUUGGUGGUGUAAAAAUGGUACCGAAAUUUCUACCAAGAGUUGUUGCUGGUUUCUAUAGUUUACAUCCAGCAUAUGAAACUGAUAUACCGGCACCAAUUGCAUCGAUGGCGGCAUCAAAACCAAAAUUCGUUAUCACUUCUGCUGCUUCAACAUUUAGUCAUAAUAAAAAUAACUAUCAACAAUAUCCUGGUCAACAACAACAACAAAUAGUGAAAUAUCAUCAUGAACCACCAAUGAUGGUCAAAUAUAGAAAACCAAUAAAUCAUCAAAAUCAAUAUAAAAAAUAUCACCAGAUCAGACUUGAUCCACAUAUCAUCAAUAAUUACAUGUUGCUUGCACGAAAAUUGGCCAUUUAUUAUGGAACGAAAUAUCAAUAUUCUGUUGAUAUACUCUAUGAUCAAAUUUUACGAAUCAUGUUUGAUUAAAUUGUAAGUGAAAAUUAUUCCAUUUUUUUACAAAAAUUAAAAUUCCUGGCAGACA